AUGGAGCGCCAUAAUCAAAUUGUUCAAGAUGUUGCUGACAAAAUACGCGACUUCUACAAGCUCCAACAGCCAUACCGCCUCUUCUAUGGUCCUUCAAGCAGUACUCGUCCUCGCCAUGGAUCUGACUCGACUAUUAUCGACAUCAGCAUGCUAUCGCAAGUCAUAUGUGUGGACACCGCACAAAGAAUCUGUCUAGUCGAGCCUAACGUGCCGAUGGACCGACUUGUCGAAGCCACGAUGCCAUACCCCCGGUAG